AAGGAAUCGACUGACUGCGCUGACAACUUCCGUUUUAACUGAAACGGUUUUUGAAUCGUCAUUCGACUCUAUUCGUUGCUCAGUACUUUAAUUGAUACAUUUUCGUUACUGAUAAGACUGGCAGCGUAAAAAUCACCCGAGAGGAGCGGCAAUGACUUCCGAGACACACAACUCGUUCAGAGGAGCGGACUUCAACCGGCGUCACUGUUCAGCGGCCGAUGCUGACCCGCAGAAGGAGAACCACGACCCCGUGUUCAGCGGCUACAGACACAGAACCAAGUCUGAGUCCAGUGAUGAUGACUUUGACCAGUAUCUUGAGGGGGCUACGCCAAAAGGAAAAGCCCCACUGCAGAAACAAUGUACUGCAAAGAAGAAUAGUUCACAUGCGGUGGAGGUGAGCUCAGACAGUGAUAAUGGCUUUGAAAAAUUUCUAGACCGUAUGAAAACACCCAAUGCCAAGCCUCAGAAGACACCAUCGGUCAAUAGCGACGUCAGCUUAAAAAACUUUAUUGUGCUUGACUUCUCAUCUGACGAUGAAUUCAUCCAGAAAAAACCUUCAAGAGGGCCAAAGAGCAGUCGGACUCCGGUCUCCCUUGCUUCUCUGAGGACACCACUCGCGCAGUGUGACUCUCCGGUCUUCCACAGUGACAGCGAUGACGAUGACAUGGGCAUCGUUGAUAAAAGCACCUGGAGGACACGUCACAAGAAGCCACAGGUGCCCACAAAGACUCCCAAGCCCUCCAACGUGCUGACUCUUGAUGAAGACGAGGGUUCUCCCCUGGUGUUUCAGUCUCCUCUGCCUCCCCCUCGCAUACCUGAUCUCAAAGUGCCCACGCAUUGGACCGCCACGCCGCUCACCGUACCCCCCACCCAUCCUGCCAGAAUCCAGUCGGCCCCUUCCAAGUUUGAUGACUCCAGCAGCUCGGAAGAAGAGUUUGCCUCCCUGCUGGAGAGGCUGAAAAGGAAGAAAGUUGUUAGCGUCAACUCACCAGCAACAAUCACAGAUAACCCGUGGAAGCCCCCUGUGGCCAUAGCGACCGUGAAGGAUCCGAGAGCAAUAGUGCCUAAGUCAGUAGAGCGCAAACCCGUUGUUUUCAAGACUCCGGGAAGGCCUACGAUACCAAAACCCACCUACAGUCAGACGGAGCCCAGACCGGGCCCUCAAAGCAGAGUGCCAACAUGUAGAACCCCGGGCUGCUUCCUGCAGUCGCUGUCAAACCCCGAGUCCAGUUACAGGCGCAACUUCAAGCAGACGAAGGAAAGCCUCACCAGCAAACUCUACGCGCUGUACAACACCAGUGUGUUUGAUAACCAGCUCCCCACUGAUAUGUCCGUGACCUGGAAUAAAAAGUUGAGGAAGACUGCUGGCUACUGCAUCUCUGGUCAGGAGAGGGCCGGAGGGAAGCGCUACACGCGCAUCGAGCUCUCGGACAAAGUCUGCGACUCCGCAGAUCGUCUGAGGGACACGCUGGUCCACGAGAUGUGCCACGCGGCCACGUGGAUGAUCAACGGCGUGAGGGACGGCCACGGAAGCUUCUGGAAGCUGUACGCCCGCAAGGCCACGCUGGUUCACCCCGAGUUACCCAUGGUCACGCGGUGCCACACCUACGAAAUCAAGUACAAGUUCCAGUACCAGUGCACCCGCUGCAAGAACACAAUCGGUCGUCACUCCAAGUCCCUGGACACCACGAGGUUCAUGUGCGCCCUGUGCACAGGCCCCCUGGUGCUGCUCACCCCGACCAACACGCGCGCCCCCGCUCCGUUUGCGGUUUUUGUCAAGGAGAACUAUGGUAGCGCACGCCAGGAGCUGGAGGGGAAAAGCCACGCAGACGUGAUGAGAAAGCUGAGUGCAGACUUUGCCACUAAAGCUAAAGUCAGUCAAAGCUGAAGAGCAACGGCCUCAUCUGGUUUUGGAGGGACUUACUUGGGUUUGCUUGCCUGAUUGCCAUUACUUGAAAUACUCUUAAACUUAAAAACUUUAUUCAAUACUGCAAAUAGUUGACAUUUCCAUUUAGUGUUUUUUGUAAAUGAUCGUUAGGAAUUCUUGAUGAAAUUGUUCAUUUGUGACUUACGUUUGAAUAAAUAAACUUUUUAAAUUGUC